CGUCUUUUAUAAUAUUAUAGAAUAACAGAAUAAGAUUUCAGUUUCUGACAAACCUUCAGCUGCUUUCAGAUUCAUUUACAAGGUGUCAACGUUUGCAGCGCGAACAGGCAAAAAGAAAGGAAGUAGACCAUCACAAUGUCUACUUCCAUGGAAGAAGAAGAGCCCAUGGACUUUGUGGCUCAGGGUGAGAUGGGUCUUCCACAGGCUCAAAAUAAAGUUCUGCUGACUCUCACGUUGAGGUGGUCUGUGGAAAAGAAAAAGAAGGUAGAUUUACAAAAAGCACUCCAGACUUGGUUGAGCAGAACUAAAGCGGACUGCUCUGUUCAAGAGAUCUUACCAGAUGGGAGGGCUGUGAUUCUGAUUGAACUUCCUCCAGGUCUCACAGAGAUUUAUUCGCUGAAUGGUGAAACACUUUAUACAAAAGACAAAAAAGAAGUCGUCACCAUCUUGUCUGUAAUGGUGGGAACACCACAGCAGGAUCCACAAACAGCAGACGAUGCUUUGGUGAAUCCGACUCCUCCAGCUGCUUCUGUAAACACUAAAACUGCUGAUUUGAAGCCAUCAGCUCUACACACUCUAACACAGGCUGCAAAGGAGACUCCAAAAGAAGAAGUCCUACUGACUCUGUCGUUGAAGUGGUUGGAUAAAAAUAAAAAGAAGACAGAUCUACAAAUAGUCCUUCAGGUUUGGUUCAGCAAAUGUGAACCUAAAAUAGACUGCACAGUUCACAAGCUUUUACCAGAUGAUCGGGCUGUGAUUGUGGUUUCACCUCUUCCAGGCCUUGAAGAGCUUCAGAAGCUGGGUGGUAAAACACUUUGUACAAAAGACAAAAACGAAUUAGUCACCAUCUUGUCUGUAAUGGUGGGAACACCAAAGCAGGAUCCACAAACAGCAGACGAUGCUUCGGUGAAUCCGACUCCUCCAGCUGCUUCUGUAAACACCAAUGAUGCUGAUUUGAAGCCAUCAGCUCUACACACUCUAAAACAGGAUAUGCUUGGUAAUCCGUUUACCUCGACAGCAGAAACCCUUCCUCCAAGAAAACCUGAAGAAGAAGCUCAAGAAAGUUGCCUUCAGCCGCUGAGUCACUUCUGGUACAUGAGUCACAUCUACAAGGAAGGAAUUAAACAGAUUGAGAGGAAGAAUAAAAUUAAGAUGGUGGCACAGGUCCAUGUGACAUUUGAAGCUGAAGAGGAAGAUGGAAACCCUCAUGAAGCUCUCAAUGAGUUCAUUGAUCUCUCACAGAGCUGCUCUACUGAUUCAGGCCAGGCAGUGAUUCCUCUCAAGUUUGUAGAUCCAGAUCAGUGGAGUGAUGCAUUAAAAGUCAUCAAGAGAAACAAGGACAAGAUUUUGCUCACCAUGUCAUCUGAAGAAGUUAUUGUUAGUGGUCCAAAGCAAAGCCAAGAUGAAUUCAGUGCAGUCCUGAAUGCGAUGCAGACGACAAACACACCAGCUGAACAGCACAAACCUACACCAGACGAUUCAUCACUGAGGAGGACAAACAUGACCGACAAAUAUCCAGGGCUACUAAUGCGCAACGUCAGUGGUGAUCUCUCAAUGAAAGUCAACAUGACAAUCAAAGAUGAUCUUGCUGAUGAAGGUCUGACCAUAAAUAAGAACCAGUGGAAAAACCUGAAGUCUUCUCAUAAUGACCAACUUACAGUGAUCAAAUCUAAGUUCAAUGUGGAUUUUAAAGAAUCCAGCAUCAGUGAGGGGAAAGUUAAUGUCAAACCAUCAUAUAAAGGACAUGGUGGAAACGCAGCAAUGGAGAGCCAUGCUGUCAGAGCUCAGGGUCUGUACCAGAAGAUGAUGACGUCACCCAUGUCACUUCCUCCACCUAAUCGUACCACUUGGUUCAGUGGUUCUGAAGAGGCGUUCAAUAAAACUAGAAAUAAAAGUCAUUCAAUACAAAACAGAAAAAAAUCAGCAAGCAAGAUCACAACAGGGGACAAGAAAGAUGAUAAAUGCCCACUAUGUUUGUCUGAUUUUACUAAUAAGAAGCAGCUGAAGUGUAAGCAUGCAUUUUGUAAGGAGUGCCUGCAAAAUGCACUGAAAGCAUGUGGACCCAUCUGUCCAAUAUGCAAGGAUGUUUUUGGUGUGAUGAAGGGAAACCAACCUGAUGGAAAAAUGUCUUGGAAUAAGUAUCCAUUAUCCCUACCUGGAUUCAAAGAUUGUGGCCAUAUAUGCAUCACCUACAACAUUCCAAGUGGAAAACAGACGGAGAAUCACCCAAAUCCUGGCCAGUUCUAUAGAGGAACUACCAGAUAUGCAUAUCUUCCAGACAACAAAGAGGGCAACAAAGUUCUGCUACUCCUGAAUAAAGCUUUUGACCAGAAGCUGAUUUUCACUGUUGGAGCUUCUAGGACAACCGGGGCGGAAAACAUGGUGACCUGGAAUGACAUCCACCACAAGACGUCCAUGUCAGGAGGACCAGAGUGUUAUGGAUAUCCAGAUGAGAACUACCUGAGCAGAGUCAAAGAGGAGCUGAAGGCUAAGGGCAUCCAGUGAAGUUUUUGUUUUACAUUAAGUGAAUUUUAAAUUCCAAAAUCUGACUAAUUGAAUUUGAAUUUCCACUUUUUGUUCUAUCAUGUUUUAUAAUAAAUAAGACUUACUUUGGUUACUUUGAAGUUCACUGAAAGACUUUCUCUCAUCUAUCAAAACAUAACUAAACAAAUCACAUCCUUUUGAAAGAUUUACUUAAUUGUUUAUUUUUUUCUUUACAUGUAUCAUAUGAAUCACAGUGUAAUUUAUAACUGUAAUCAAAUGUCAUAUGAUUAUUGGGUUCAGUUUUUCAUAUAAAUUAAGAAAUUUACAUUCAACAGAA